AUGCCUGCCGCUAAAUCCAAACUUCCGUCACUGAAGUCACUGCAAACGAAACUGCGCGGGUUACAAACGUCGUUCGACAAUAUGUGUCGAUUUAUGGAGCAGUACCGGGAUGAUACGAGAUCGGCAGAGGUCAACGUACGACUGGAGCAGCUGGAUCGAUUGUGGGAUAAAAGGAACGAGGCCAUCGAUGACGUCGAGUCCCACGAAGAAUCGAUAGAAGAGGCAGAUAGUUUCGUCAAAAAUCGGAUCGAUUUCGAGAACCGUUUUUACGAGCUGAAAGCUUUUCUUGUUGGUAAGCAAAGAGAAGAUUGUGACCAAACCGUACUUAACCAGACUACUCGCUCUCUCGAUAAUCCCCCCGGGCCCACCCCUCAUGUGCGAUUACCACAAAUUACCCUUCCAAAAUUUAGUGGUAAAAUAGAUGAAUGGCUUACCUUUCGGGAUCUCUUUACCUCACUGAUACAUAGGCAGACCGACCUUCCCGAGAUCGAAAAGUUUCACUAUUUGCGAAGUCAGCUGGAAGGAGAAGCUUUACCGAUUAUCGAUUCACUUCCCCUUAUCAAGGCAAAUUACACUGUUGCAUGGGAACUACUAACGAAGCGUUACUCAAACACGAAGGUUCUCCGUAAACGUCAGGUUCAGGCACUCUUUGAGUUACCAACGAUUCGGAGAGAAUCGGCUUCUGAGUUAAAUUCUCUACUGGACAAUUUCGAGAAGAUAGUUAAGUCAUUGGAUCAGGUCACUCCCCAGCAGACUGACUAUAAGGAUAUGCUACUGGUGCAUCUACUUUGUUCGCGUUUGGAUCACACUACUAGAAGGGGAUGGGAGGAAUUUUCCUCCACCAAAGAAUCGGAUACCAUAAAGGAUCUUACUGAAUUCUUACAGCGUCGGGCCAGAAUUUUGGAAUCUGUGCCUACCAAGCCCAGCGAAAUUAAAGCAGAGUACACACAGCCUAAGCGUCCAAACAAAAUAGCCACGGUCAAAGCAUACAAUGCAUCGGUUCAACGACCUUCGACGAUCGGCACAUGUGUCAGCUGUUCCGAUAAUCAUCUUCUCUACCAAUGUCUAUCAUUUCAAAGGCUAUCUGUUUCGGAGAGAGAUGCACUUCUGCGUAGCCAUUCCCUGUGUCGAAAUUGUUUCCGGCGGGGUCAUCAUGCGAAAGAAUGCAAUUCGAAAUUCACUUGCAGGCAAUGUAAAGGGAAACACCAUACGCUCGUGUGCUUCAGGAGUAAAGCAACCGAAGAAAAACCAAAACCCAAUGGCGAACCAACUUCGGCGGUGAUGGCUGCAACCGAAGAAGCAAUCGAACCAAAGGUGGUCAACUUGGCGACCACUAGCAAGGUGGUUUGCAACACGGUAUCUAGUUCAUCUACUGAAGUGUUUUUACUCACUGCUAUUGUUACUCUGGUGGACGACCGAGGUCAACAGGUUCAUGCUCGAGCAUUAUUAUAUAGUGCGGCGGAGUGUAAUUUAAUAAGCGAUCGAGUGCGAAAAUCUCUUACGGUUAAAGAGCAACCAUGUACGGUCGAGGUGGUAGGCAUCCAAGGUUUAUCUUCUAAGGUACAGAGGAAAAUCACUGUCAUGGUACAAUCCAGGUUUUCAGAGUUUUCGCAACCAAUGGAAAUGUACAUUCUACCCAAAAUCGCAGCACAAGUGGCAGUCAUAUCGGUCGACGUCAACCAAUGGAAUUUACCGAGUGGGAUCGAACUGGCGGAUCCGACAUUCUUCAAAGGUGGCUCAGUUGACUUGGUAUUGGGAGCUGAGGCCUUUUUCGAUUUUUUCACAACUGGCCGUAAAAUCCGACUGGGAAACAACUUACCCUCGUUGGAGGACUCUGUGUUUGGAUGGGUGGUCACGGGCAAAUGUUCGGUGGCUGCUUCCGUUAAAUCUAUCGUUUGCGACCUUGCAAUAAACUACAUUUUAGAUAGCCUACUGGAGAAGUUCUGGGAAUCUGAAGACAUUGGACAAAGGCACAACUACUCUUCCGAGGAAUCAAGAUGUAUGGAGUAUUUCACCAAAACUACCCGACGGCAGCCUUCGGGUCGGUAUACUGUGUCCUAUCCGAGAAAUAAUGAGUUACUUGCCAAGCUAGGUGAUUCGAAGGAGAUAGCUGAGCGUAGAUUCUUACAAAUAGAGAAGCGAUUGGGGCGAGAUGAGAAGCUGCGAGAACAAUAUGCCGACUUCAUGAAAGUGUGUGAAUCCAUGGGCCACAUGAAAUUAAUCGACGAUGAACACGAUACGGACGUUAAGCGAUGUUUUCUCCCACAUCAUCCAGUGGUGAAAGAAGACAGCACAACCACUAAGGUGCGGGUGGUAUUUGAUGCCUCCGCCAAAACAUCUAGCAACGUUUCCUUGAAUGAUAGCUUGCUGGUCGGUCCGGUCAUCCAAGAAGAUUUGCGUUCGAUAAUUCUUUGUAGCCGCACACGCCAGGUGAUGGUGGUCGCCGAUAUUGAAAAGAUGUUUCGGCAAAUUGAAAUUCAUCCCGAAGACCGACAAUUUCAGUGCAUUCUGUGGCGUACCUCUCCCAACGUCCCUCUGUCUACAUAUGAACUAUCGACAGUCACAUAUGGUACCAAGCCAGCACCGUUUCUUGCAACAAGGGUACUUAUGCAGCUGGCCACUGAUGAGGAGAAGCGGUUUCCGUUGGCUUCGACUGCUGUUAGAGAGGACUUUUAUAUGGACGACGUGAUAACAGGUGCUGACGAUCCAGUCACAGCUACAGACCUUCGUAUCCAACUGCAGGAGAUGCUACGCAGUGGUGGGUUUUGGCUACGAAAGUUUGCUUCUAAUUGUGAAACCGUACUGGCAGGAUUACCGGAGGAAGCGAAGAACUCGCAAUUCAAGCAGAUGAUGGGAUUAAUCUGGACCCAGAUCCCAUGGUUAAAACUUUAG